AUGACGAUUAUACCAGAUGUCAGGCUCGAGUACUUGGAGCAAGUGGCUUCCAUCAUCCUCAAAUUCAAGCCAGACAAAUGGAGCAAGCUGAUCGGAGCCGAGGAGAACAUGGCCAUGUUCACAGAGUUCUUCGAGAAGCCGGAUGUUUCUGUGCUGGUGUUGACGCUCAAUGCCACCGGCAUGAUCACCCUCUGCCUGGGCUUUCCGGAGUCCCUGAAGUCCAAAGGCGUUUACUUCAUCAAGACAAAGCCAGAGAGCAUCAACAAGGACAACUACAGGACCCACCUCCUCUACGGGGACAUCAGUCCUGCGCCCGUGGAGCAGCUGAUCGCAGUAGUGGAAGAGGUGCUCUAUUCUCUGCUGAACCAGAGUGAGAACACCUUCGGCUGGCCCCAGGUGGUCUCAGAGGACAUCAUGAAGCAGGUGCACAAGCUGAAGAAUGAGAUGUUUGUGAUGGGGGGCAAGAUCAAAGGGAAGACGCUGCUGCCCAUCCCAGAGCACCUGGGGAGGCUGGAUGGCAUGCUGGAGUCCAUGGAGAGGAUCCCCUCAUCUCUGGACAACUCGCUCCUGCACGCCAUCGAGACCAUCAUCAUUGACUGGUCCCAUCAGAUCUGGGAUGUGCUAAGCAAAGACUCGGCUCAGGCCCUGCUGGACGGGCUGCACCCUCUACCCCGGGUGGAGUUCGAGUUCUGGGACACCCGGCUGAUGAACCUCAAGUGCAUCCAUGAGCAGCUGAACAGACCCCAAGUGAACAGAAUAGUUGAGAUCCUGGAAAAAGCCAAGAGCUGCUACUGGCCAGCCCUACAGAAUGUUUAUACGAAUGUCACUGAGGGGCUGAAGGAAGCCAAUGACAUUGUUCUCUACCUGAAGCCCUUGCGGAUCUUACUGCAGGAGAUGGAGCAGGCUGACUUCACAUUGCUCCCAUCCUUCAUCGCCAAGGUGCUGGACACCAUUUGCUUCAUCUGGGCCACCUCGGAACACUACAACACACCCUCCAGGGUCAUCGUCAUCCUGCAGGAGUUCUGCAACCAGAUCAUUGAGAUGACGAGAACCUUCCUGAGCCCCAACAAGGUGCUGAAAGGCUUGCAAGGUGAGAUCGAAGAGGUCCUGGGCAGCAUCUCCCUGUCCGUGAACGUCCUGAGAGAGCUCUUCCGCACCUAUGACUUUUGCUGCACCAACAUGAAGCUUUUCUUCAAGGACAAGGAGCCUGUGCCGUGGGAAUUCCCUUCUUCCCUUGUGUUCUCCAGAAUGAACGCCUUCUUCCACCGCAUCCAGACCAUUGAGGAUCUUUAUAAAACUGCUAUUGAGUUUCUGAAGCUAGAGAAAAUCGAGCUGGGGGGAGUGCGGGGGAACAUCCUUGGGAACCUGGUGACUCAGAUCUACGAUGAAGUCUUCGAUCUGAUGAAGGUUUUCACUGACUGCAAAUAUGAUCCCCUGGACCCAGGGGACUCGAGUUUUGACAAAGAUUACGCUGAUUUUGAGACCAAAAUUGAAGACCUGGACAGGAGGCUGGCUACGAUCUUUGGCCAAGCCUUUGAUGACUGCAGCUCCAUCGAGUCUUCUGCUAAGCUCCUGUACAUGUGUGGGGGCCUCCUGGAGCGGCCCCUGAUUCUGACCGAGGUGGUACCCAGAUACUCCGUCAUGCUGGAGAUGUUCAACGCCGAGCUGGACAAUGCCAAGCUCAUGUAUGAUGCCCAGAUGGUGGCCUGUGUGGAGGGCAACAUCCCACCCAUCCACAAGAACAUGCCCCCUGUGGCCGGACAGCUCAAGUGGAGCCUGGAGCUGCAGGGGAGGCUGGAGGUGUCCAUGCAGCACAUAAAGCACAUCAAGCAUCCGGUCGUGUCCAGCGCGGAGGCCAAGAUGAUCUACCAGAAAUACGAAGAGAUGAUGGAGCUCCUGCGAGGCUAUCGCGAGAAGACCUACGGGCAGUGGGUGGGCGGCGUGGACCAGGACUGCCACUUCAACCUGGGCCAGCCACUGAUCCUCCGCAGCGCAGCCAGCGGCCUCAUCCAAGUCAACUUCAGCAAGGCGUUGGUGGCGGUGCUAAGAGAGGUCAAGUACUUGAAUUUCCAGCAGCAAAAAGAGAUCCCAGACAGCGCAGAGAGUCUGUUCUCAGAGAACGAAACCUUCUGGAAGUUUGUGGGCAACCUGAAGCUCAUUGUUGGCUGGUACAAUGAGAUAAAGACAAUUGUGAUGGAUGUGGAAUUUCCACUAAUCAAAUCAGAAUUGGAAGCAAUUGAUGUCAAGUUAUUGAGUGCUGAAACGACAUUGUUCUGGAAUGGCGAAGGUGUGUUUCACUAUAUUCAAGAGAUGCGAGAAAUUCUGUAUAACUUGCAGAACAGAAUACAAAAAGCAAAACAGAAUAUAGAAGGAAUUACACAGGUCAUGGAGGAUUGGUCAGCCAACCCUCUGUUUGAAAGAAAAGACAACAAGAAAGAGGCCCUGUUAGACCUGGAUGGAAGGAUGGUCAAUCUGAACAAGCGCUACCCUGCUGUCAAGGAGGCAGGCAUGAAGAUCCAAGCCAUGGUGGCGGAAAAUGCAGAAUUGUUCAGAGCAGACACGUCCAGCCUGCCCUGGAAGGAUUAUGUCAACUACCUCGACAGGAUGGUCCUGGAGGGGUUCAACCAGUUCAUUCGCAAAUCUCUCAACUACCUCAUCAGCAACAUGACUGUGGACGAGAGCGUUGCACCCCUGUUUGAGAUCUGCAUGGAGCUGAAUGAGGAAGGCCUAACCUUCAAUCCAUCGCUGGAGGUGGGCUCGGAUUUCGGCUUCCUGGCACUGAUCGAUGGCCUGAUCACUGACAUCUACAAUGUCGCCAGGCUAAUUCCCCGGCUGGCCAAGGGCAGGAUGAACUACAAGACAGACCUUGAAGACAUAACAGAGCUCAUAAAGAUGAGGGAGGAGCUGUCCAGCCUGGUCAUCAAUGCCAUGAAGGAGGCUGAAGGGUACCAGGACUCCCUGGAGAGGUACUCCUACCUCUGGAUGGACGACCUCCAGGAGUUCAUGAAGAAUUUCCUGAUCUUCGGACAUAUGCCCACCCUGGAGGAAUUGGAUACCCUGAUGCAGGACACUGUCCCCAAGACCCCACCCAGCCUCCCUCAGUUCCAGCAGCAGAUCGACUCCUACGAGAAGCUGUACGAAGAGGUGUCCCGGUGUGAGAACACACGCGUCUUCCACAGCUGGCUGCAGUGCGACUGCCGCCCCUUCAAGCAGGCCCUGCUCAACACCAUCAAGCGCUGGAGCUUCAUGUUCAAGCAGUACCUGAGUGACCACGUGGUCAACAGCCUCACGGACCUAGAAGCCUUCAUGAAGGUUGCCAGGGUGGGCCUGACAAAGCCGCUCAAGGAGGGGGACUACAACGGCUUGGUGGCGGUGCUGGGUCACCUGAUGAAGGUCAAGGAGAGGCAGGUGGCCACUGACGGCAUGUUCGAGCCCCUGCAGCAAACCAUCGAGCUGCUCAAGUCGUACGGGGAGGAUCUGCCGGAGGAGACCUACCUGAAGCUGCAGGAGCUGCCCGAGCAGUGGACAAACACCAAGAAACUGGCCAUUCAGGUGAAGCAGAACGUGGCUCCUCUCCAGGCCAACGAGGUCAACAUCCUGCGGCGGAAAUGCCAGCAAUUUGAGCUCAGGCAGCACGAGUUCAGGGAGAACUUCCGGCGGGAGGCCCCGUUCUCCUUCAGCGACCCCAGCCCCUACGCGGCCCUGAAUAAGCAACAGAGAAGCAUCAAGGCCAUGGAGACGGUCAUGGAGGCCCUGUGCAAGUCCGGCAGCCUGUUUGAGGUCCCGGUGCCCGACUACAAGCAGCUCAAAGCCUGCCGCAGGGAGGUCUGCCUGCUCAAGGAGCUCUGGGACAUGAUCGGCAUGGUGAACACCAGCAUCAACGACUGGAAGACCACCAAGUGGAAGGACAUCAACGUGGAGCAGAUGGACAUAGACUGUAAGAAGUUCGCCAAGGACGUGAGGUCCUUGGACAAGGAGAUGAAGGCCUGGGAUGCCUUUGUAGGGCUGGACAACACCGUGAAGAACAUGAUCACCUCCCUGCGCGCUGUGAGCGAGCUGCAGAACCCCGCCAUCCGUGACCGCCACUGGCAGCAGCUCAUGCAGACCACCCAGGUGAAGUUCAGAAUGUCCGAAGAGACCACCCUGGCAGACCUGCUGCAGCUGAACCUCCACAAGUACGAAGACGAGGUCCGAAACAUCGUAGACAAGGCCGUGAAGGAGUCUGGGAUGGAGAAGGUGCUGAAAGCCCUGGACAGCACCUGGACCACCAUGGCGUUCAAGCAUGAGCCCCACCCUCGCACGGGCACCAUGAUGCUGAAGGCGGACGAGGUGCUGGUGGAGACCCUGGAGGACAACCAGGUGCAGCUGCAGAACCUGAUGAUGUCCAAAUACCUGUCCCACUUCCUCAAGGAGGUGACCAGUUGGCAGCAGAAGCUGUCCACGGCAGACUUGGUCAUCGCCAUCUGGUUUGAGGUCCAGAGAACCUGGAGCCACCUGGAGAGCAUCUUCAUUGGCUCAGAGGACAUCCGAGCCCAGCUGCUGGAGGACUCGCUGCGCUUUGAUGCCAUCGACCUGGAAUUCAAGACUUUGAUGGAAGACGCAGUGAAAACUCCCAAUGUGGUGGAAGCCACCAACAAACCGGGUCUCUACAAUAAACUGGAGGCGCUGAAGAAAAGCUUGGCCAUGUGCGAAAAGGCCUUGGCAGAGUACUUGGAGACCAAGAGGCUGGCCUUCCCAAGGUUCUACUUCGUCUCCUCGGCCGACCUGCUGGACAUCCUCUCCAACGGAAAUGACCCCGUGCAGGUGGGCCGCCACCUGUCCAAGCUCUUCGACAGCCUAUGCAAGCUGAAGUUCCGGCUCGACACCAGCGGGAAGCCACUCAAGUUUGGGCUGGGGAUGUACAGCAAGGAGGACGAGUAUGUGGAGUUUGACCAAGAAUGUGACCUCUCGGGACAGGUGGAGGUCUGGCUGAACCGCGUGCUGGACCGAAUGUGUGCCACUCUGCGCCAUGAGAUCCCGGAGGCAGUGGUGACCUAUGAGGAGAAGCCGAGGGAACAAUGGAUCUUUGAUUACCCAGCCCAGGUCGCACUGACCUGCACCCAGAUCUGGUGGACCACUGAGGUGGGGCUGGCCUUCUCCAGGCUGGAGGAGGGAUACGAGAACGCCAUCAAAGACUACAACAAAAAGCAGAUCAGCCAGCUGAACGCGCUCAUCACGCUGCUCAUUGGGAGCCUCAGCGCCGGCGACAGGAUGAAGAUCAUGACCAUCUGCACCAUCGACGUGCACGCGCGGGACGUGGUGGCCAAGAUGAUCACUGCCAAGGUGGAGAGCGCGGAGGCCUUCACCUGGCAGUCGCAGCUGCGGCACCGCUGGGACGAGGAGAAGAGGCACUGCUUCGCCAACAUUUGCGACGCCCAGAUCCAGUACUCCUAUGAGUACCUGGGCAACACGCCGCGGCUGGUCAUCACGCCCCUCACCGACAGGUGCUACAUCACGCUGACCCAGUCCCUCCACCUGAUCAUGGGCGGAGCCCCCGCGGGCCCGGCCGGGACCGGCAAGACAGAAACGACCAAGGACUUGGGCCGAGCUCUGGGCACGAUGGUGUACGUCUUCAACUGCUCCGAGCAGAUGGACUACAAGUCCUGUGGAAACAUCUACAAGGGCCUGGCGCAGACCGGGGCCUGGGGCUGCUUUGAUGAGUUCAACCGGAUCUUGGUGGAGGUGCUGUCCGUGAUUGCAGUGCAGGUGAAAUGCAUCCAAGAUGCCAUUCGAGCCAAGAAAAAGCUGUUUAACUUCCUGGGAGAGAUGAGCAGCCUCAUCCCCACCGUGGGGAUCUUCAUCACCAUGAACCCGGGCUACGCGGGGCGCACGGAGCUGCCCGAGAACCUCAAGGCCCUGUUCAGGCCCUGCGCCAUGGUGGUCCCCGACUUCGAGCUGAUCUGUGAGAUCAUGCUGGUGGCCGAGGGCUUCCUGGAAGCCCGCCUGCUGGCCAGGAAGUUCAUCACGCUCUACACCCUAUGCAAAGAGCUGCUCUCCAAGCAGGAUCAUUACGACUGGGGCCUGCGGGCCAUCAAGUCUGUGCUGGUGGUGGCCGGCUCCCUGAAGAGGGGGGACCCCACCAGGGCUGAAGACCAGGUGCUCAUGAGAGCGCUGAGGGACUUCAACAUCCCCAAGAUCGUGACCGAUGACCUGCCCGUGUUCAUGGGCCUGAUUGGGGACCUGUUCCCAGCUCUGGACGUGCCUCGGAAGCGAGACUUGAAUUUUGAGAAGAUCAUCAAGCAGAGCAUCGUGGAGCUCAGGCUGCAGGCAGAGGACAGCUUUGUGCUGAAGGUCGUGCAGCUGGAGGAGCUGCUGCAGGUCCGGCACUCUGUGUUCAUCAUCGGAAACGCAGGCAGCGGCAAGUCCCAGGUCCUCAAGUCUCUCAACAAGACCUACCAGAACCUGAAGAGGAAGCCGGUGGCUGUGGACCUAGACCCCAAGGCUGUCACCUGCGACGAACUCUUCGGGAUCAUCAACCCCGCAACCAGGGAAUGGAAAGACGGUCUCUUCUCCACCAUCAUGAGGGACCUGGCCAGCAUCACGCACGAUGGCCCCAAGUGGAUCGUGCUGGACGGGGACAUCGACCCCAUGUGGAUCGAGUCUCUCAACACUGUCAUGGAUGACAACAAGGUCCUCACCCUGGCCAGCAACGAGCGCAUCCCCUUAAAUCGCACCAUGAGGCUAGUGUUUGAGAUCAGCCACCUAAGGACAGCCACCCCGGCCACCGUCUCCAGAGCCGGCAUCCUCUACAUCAACCCAGCGGAUCUAGGCUGGAACCCGGUAGUGAGCAGUUGGAUCGAGAGGCGCAAGGUGCAGUCCGAGAAGGCCAACCUGACCAUCCUGUUCGACAAGUACCUGCCCACCUGCCUGGACAAGCUGCGCUUCGGCUUCAAGAGGAUCACACCGGUGCCGGAGAUCACGGUCAUCCAGACGACCCUGUACCUGCUAGAGUGCCUGCUCACCGAGAAGAACACGCCGCCCGACUCCCCCAAGGAGCUCUAUGAGCUCUACUUCGUGUUCGCCUGCUUCUGGGCUUUUGGUGGCGCCAUGUUCCAGGACCAGCUUAUAGAUUAUCGAGUCGAGUUCAGCAAAUGGUGGAUCAAUGAGUUUAAAACCAUCAAGUUCCCCUCCCAGGGAACAAUUUUUGACUACUACAUCGAUCCUGACUCCAAGAAGUUCCUGCCGUGGACAGAUAAAGUGCCACACUUCGAGCUGGAUCCUGAUGUUCCUCUACAGGCCUCUCUGGUCCACACCACAGAGACCACGCGCAUCCGCUACUUCCUGGACCUGCUCAUGGGGAAGUCGUGGCCAGUGAUGCUGGUGGGGAAUGCAGGCUCUGGCAAGUCGGUGCUGAUGGGGGACAAGCUGGAAAGCCUGGGCACGGACGACUACCUGGUGCAGGCCGUGCCGUUCAAUUUCUACACCACCUCCGCCAGGCUGCAGGGGGUGCUUGAGAAGCCACUGGAGAAGAAAUCUGGGAGGAACUACGGGCCGCCGGGCACCAAGAAGCUGAUCUACUUCAUUGAUGACAUGAACAUGCCCGAGGUGGACAAGUACGGGACAGUGGCCCCACACACCCUCAUCCGGCAGCACAUGGACCACGGGCACUGGUACGACAGGCAGAAGCUCACACUGAAGGACAUUCACAACUGUCAGUACGUGGCCUGCAUGAAUCCCACCGCCGGCUCCUUCACUAUCGACCCCAGACUGCAGCGCCACUUCUGCGUGUUUGCCGUGAGCUUCCCCGGCCAGGAGGCCCUCAGGACCAUCUACAGCACCAUCCUGUCCCAGCACCUGGCCUACCGCUCAGUCCCCAUGGUCAUCCAGAAGCUGAGCGGCCAGCUGGUGGCCUCCGCCCUGGCCUUGCAUCAGAAAGUCGCAACGAUGUUCCUUCCCACGGCCAUUAAGUUUCAUUACGUCUUCAACCUCAGGGACCUCUCCAAUAUUUUUCAGGGGCUCUUGUUCUCCACAGCAGAGCUUCUGAAAACCCCACUGGACCUUGUGCGCCUCUGGCUGCACGAGACCGAGCGCGUGUACAGUGACAAGAUGGUGGACCAGAGGGACCAGGACACCUUGCGCAGGGUCGUCAUUGCCUCCACCAAGAAGUUCUUUGAUGGUCUUGGGGAAGAACUCUUAUUUGCAAGACCAAAUAUCUUCUGCCACUUUGCUCAAGGGGUCGGAGACCCCAAAUACUUCUCCGUCACCAACAUGGCUCAUCUCAACAAGCUGCUCACGGACGCCCUGGACCGUUACAACGACGUGAAUGCAGCCAUGAACUUGGUGCUGUUUGAAGACGCGGUGGCCCACGUCUGCAGGAUCAACCGCAUCCUGGAGUCCCCCCGUGGGAACGCCUUGCUGGUGGGGGUGGGUGGCAGCGGCAAGCAGAGCCUCUCUCGCCUGGCCGCUUACAUCAGCGCUCUGGAAGUGUUCCAGAUCACCCUCAAGAAGGACUACGGGAUCCCGGACCUCAAGCUUGACUUGGCCGCUCAGUACAUCAAGACCGCGGUGAAGAACGUGCCCUCGGUGUUCCUGAUGACCGACUCUCAGGUGGCUGAGGAGCAGUUCCUGGUGCUGAUCAACGACCUGUUGGCCUCAGGCGAGAUCCCGGGGCUGUUCACAGACGACGAGGUGGAGAAUAUCAUAUCCUGCAUGCGACCGCAGGUGAAGUCGCUUGGCAUGGCCGACACACGGGAGGCCUGCUGGAAGUUCUUCAUCGAGAAAGUGCGCAGGCAGCUCAAGGUGAUCCUGUGUUUCUCUCCUGUGGGCUCCAUCCUGCGGGUGCGAGCAAGAAAAUUCCCUGCCGUGGUCAACUGCACUGCCAUCGACUGGUUCCACGAGUGGCCCGAAGAAGCACUGGUGUCAGUCAGUGCUCGCUUCCUGGAGGAAACCGAGGGCAUUCAGCCAGAAGCGAAGGCCUCCAUCAGCCUCUUCAUGGCCUACGUGCACACCACUGUCAAUGAGAUGUCCAAGAUGUACCUGGCCACUGAGCACCGCUACAACUACACCACACCCAAGACCUUUCUGGAGCAGAUCAAACUCUACCAGAACCUGCUGGGCAAGAAGCGGACGGAACUGGUGGCCAAAAUUGAGAGACUGGAGAAUGGGCUGAUGAAGCUGCAGAGCACGGCUUCUCAGGUGGACGAUCUGAAGGCCAAGCUGGCGGUUCAGGAGAUAGAGCUCAAGCAGAAGAACGAAAACGCAGACAAGCUGAUCCAGGUAGUUGGUGUGGAAACAGAGAAAGUCAGCAAAGAGAAAGCCAUUGCCGACGAGGAGGAAAUCAGGGUGGAGGUCAUCAACAAGAACGUCACUGAGAAACAAAAGGCUUGUGAGACAGACUUGGCCAAGGCAGAGCCGGCCCUGCUGGCGGCCCAAGAGGCCUUGGACACACUGAAUAAGAACAACCUGACGGAGCUGAAGUCCUUCGGGUCGCCCCCGGACGCUGUGGUCAAUGUGACAGCUGCCGUCAUGACUCUGACUGCACCGGGGGGCAAGAUCCCCAAGGACAAGACCUGGAAGGCUGCGAAGAUCAUGAUGGGCAAAGUGGACACCUUCCUGGACUCCCUGAAGAAAUUUGACAAGGAGCACAUCCCCGAGGCCUGCCUGAAAGCAUUCAAACCCUACCAAGGCAACCCCACAUUCGACCCCGAGUUCAUUCGCUCCAAGUCCACAGCCGCCGCGGGCCUUUGCUCCUGGUGCAUCAACAUUGUCCGCUUCUACGAAGUCUACUGCAACGUGGCACCCAAGAGGCAGGCCCUGGAGGAGGCCAACGCUGAGCUGGCAGAAGCACAGGAGAAGCUGUCCCGCAUCAAGAACAAGAUUGCGGAACUCAGUGCCAACCUGAGCAACCUAACAUCAGCAUUUGAAAAAGCAACAGCUGAGAAGAUCAAGUGUCAGCAGGAGGCUGAUGCCACCAAUAGAGUGAUCUCCCUGGCUAACAGGCUGGUGGGAGGACUCGCUUCAGAAAACGUCCGCUGGGCCGAGUCGGUGGGGAACUUCAAAAGCCAGGGGGUAACGCUGUGUGGGAACGUCCUGCUGGUCUCCGCCUUUGUCUCCUACGUGGGCUACUUCACCAAGAACUACCGAAGUGAACUGAUGGAUAAAUUUUGGGUCCCUUACAUAAAUAACUUAAAGGUCCCCAUCCCCAUCACAGAAGGCCUGGAUCCCCUGAGCCUGCUGACGGAUGACGCAGAUGUGGCCUCUUGGAACAACCAGGGCCUCCCCAGUGACCGCAUGUCCACCGAGAAUGCCACCAUCCUGUGCAACACAGAGCGCUGGCCCCUUAUUGUGGAUGCCCAGCUGCAAGGGAUCAAGUGGAUCAAAAGCAAAUACGGGAGUGAACUGAAAGCCAUCCGCCUGGGACAGAAGAGCUACCUGGACAUCAUCCAGCAGGCCAUCUCAGCAGGGGACAUCUUGCUUAUCGAGAAUAUUGGCGAAAGCGUGGACCCUGUACUGGACCCGUUACUGGGCAGGAACACAAUAAAAAAGGGAAAGUACAUUAAGAUCGGCGACAAGGAGGUGGAGUACCACCCCAAUUUCCGCCUGAUCCUGCACACCAAGUACUUCAACCCACACUACAAGCCCGAGAUGCAAGCCCAGUGCACCCUCAUCAACUUCCUGGUCACCAGAGAUGGGCUCGAGGACCAGCUCCUGGCCACUGUGGUGGCCAAAGAGCGCCCGGAUCUGGAGCAGCUGAAGGCAAACCUCACCCAAUCUCAGAAUGAAUUCAAGAUUGUCCUGAAGGAGCUGGAAGACUCUCUCCUGACCCGUCUGUCGGCUGCGUCGGGGAACUUUCUGGGAGACGCUGCUUUGGUAGAGAACCUGGAGACCACCAAACACAUGGCCAGCGAGAUCGAGGAGAAGGUACAAGAGGCAAAAAUCACAGAAAUGAAGAUCAAUGAGGCGAGGGAGAACUACCGCCCUGCCGCGGAGCGGGCAUCCCUGCUCUACUUCAUCCUGAACGACCUCAACAAAAUCAACCCCAUCUACCAGUUCUCACUCAAGGCCUUCAACGUGGUGUUCGAGAAAGCCAUCCAGAAGACCACCCCCGCGGAUGAGGUCAAGCAGCGAGUGAUCAACCUGACGGACGAGAUCACCUACUCCGUCUUCAUGUACACAGCCCAGGGGCUCUUCGAGCGGGACAAACUCAUCUUUCUGGCCCAAGUUACGUUCCAGGUUUUGUCCAUGAAGAAAGAGCUGAACCCGGUGGAGCUGGACUUCCUCCUGCGCUUCCCUUUCAAGGCUGGGGUCGUCUCACCAGUGGACUUCCUGCAGCACCAAAGCUGGGGCGGGAUCAAGGCCCUGGCGGAGAUGGAUGAGUUCAAGAACCUGGACAAUGACAUUGAAGGGUCUGCCAAGCGGUGGAAGAAGCUGGUGGAGUCGGAGGCCCCAGAGAAGGAAGUCUUCCCAAAGGAGUGGAAGAACAAGACAGCCCUACAGAAGCUCUGCAUGAUGCGGUGCCUGCGGCCAGACCGCAUGACCUACGCCAUCAAGAACUUUGUGGAGGAGAAGAUGGGCAGCAAGUUUGUGGAAGGCUGGAGCGUUGAAUUUCCUAAGUCCUAUGAGGAGAGCAGCCCGUCCACCCCUAUCUUCUUCAUCCUUUCCCCAGGGGUGGACCCCCUGAAAGACGUGGAAGCCCUGGGAAAAAAACUGGGAUUUACCAUAGACAAUGGGAAACUCCACAAUGUGUCCCUGGGGCAGGGGCAGGAGAUGGUGGCCGAGAACGCUCUGGAUGUGGCUGCCAAGAACGGGCACUGGGUCAUUCUGCAGAACAUCCACCUGGUGGCCCGGUGGCUGAGCACCCUGGAUAAGAAGGUGGAGCAAUACAGCAUGGGGAGUCACUACAACUACCGCGUGUUCAUCAGUGCCGAGCCCGCGCCCAGCCCCGAAUCCCACAUCAUCCCCCAGGGCAUCCUGGAAAAUGCCAUCAAAAUCACCAACGAGCCGCCCACGGGCAUGCACGCAAACCUGCACAAGGCCCUGGACCUCUUCACCCAGGACACGCUAGACAUGUGCUCUAAAGAGAUAGAGUUCAAGUGCAUCCUCUUCGCCCUGUGCUACUUUCACGCCGUGGUGGCUGAGCGACGCAAGUUUGGCGCCCAGGGUUGGAACCGCUCGUAUCCCUUCAACAACGGGGACCUCACCAUCUCCAUCAACGUGCUGUACAAUUACCUGGAGGCCAAUCCCAAGGUGCCCUGGGACGAUCUCCGCUACCUCUUUGGGGAAAUCAUGUACGGUGGGCACAUCACAGAUGACUGGGACCGCCGGCUGUGCAGGACCUACCUGGCGGAGUACGUCCGGACGGAGAUGCUGGACGGAGAGGUGCUGCUGGCCCCCAGCUUCCAGAUUCCUCCCAACCUGGACUACAAGGGUUACCAUGAAUACAUCGAUGAGAAUCUGCCCCCUGAGAGUCCCUGUCUCUACGGCCUGCACCCCAACGCAGAGAUCGGCUUUCUGACCGUCACUUCGGAGAAGCUGUUCCGCACCGUCCUAGAAAUGCAGCCCAAAGAGACAGACUCGGGAGCGGGCACAGGAGGAUCCCGCGAGGAAAAGGUGAAGGCCGUGCUGGAUGACAUCCUCGAGAAGAUUCCGGAGUCGUUCACCAUGGCUGAGAUCAUGGGAAAGUCGGCCGCAAGGACCCCCUACGUGGUAGUUGCCUUUCAAGAAUGUGAAAGAAUGAACAUCCUGAUCAAUGAGAUGCGCCGUUCGCUAAAGGAGCUGAACCUGGGGUUGAAGGGGGAACUGACCAUCACCACUGACAUGGAAGACCUGUCCACGGCUCUGUUCUAUGACACCGUGCCCAACACAUGGGUGGCCCGGGCCUACCCCUCCAUGAUGGGCCUGGCGGCCUGGUACGCCGACCUGCUGCUCCGCAUCAGGGAGCUGGAGGCCUGGACCACCGACCUCGCCCUGCCCACUGUGGUGUGGCUGGCUGGACUCUUCAAGCCCCAGUCCUUCCUCACGGCCAUCAUGCAAUCCAUGGCGAGGAAGAAUGAGUGGCCCCUGGACAAGAUGUGUCUGUCUGUGGAAGUGACCAAGAAGAACCGGGAAGACGUGACUGCUCCCCCCAGAGAGGGCUCCUAUGUGCACGGGCUCUUCAUGGAAGGAGCCCGCUGGGACACACAGACAGGAGUCAUUGCCGAGGCGCGGCUGAAGGAGCUGACGCCAGCCAUGCCUGUCAUCUUCAUCAAGGCCAUUCCUGUGGACCGAAUGGAGACCAAGAACAUAUAUGAGUGCCCCGUGUACAAGACGCGCAUCCGCGGCCCCACCUAUGUCUGGACCUUCAACCUGAGGACCAAAGAGAAGGCGGCCAAGUGGAUCCUGGCAGCUGUGGCACUACUCCUGCAGGUGUAGCUGGUGCUGGUGCUGCCUCCCAGCCGCACCCUUCACACACCAACAGCUGGGCCGAAACUCAGACUUUCCAGUCAGAAACUCAGCCUUGCAACUGUCACUUUUUACAGGAACUGAUGGGGUUUGUCUCUUACAUAAUCAAGGUGCUUUAUAACCAACUGCACCUGGACGAACCAG